AUGACGAGCGAUGCUACGUCGAGAAACAAAACACAGCUCACGGUAGCUAUAGUCGGGGGUGGCAUUACCGGCCUUAGCCUCGCUGUUGGCUUACUAUACCGUAAUGUCAACGUCACCAUCUAUGAACGAGCUUCUGGGAUUAGAGAGAUAGGCGCAGGCAUCGGAUUCACACCCAAUGCUGAGCGUGCCAUGAAGAUACUUGAGCCGAGGGUACUCCAACACUUUCGGCAAAUAGCAGUUCAGAAUGGCGAUGACUGGUUUCGUUAUGUUAACGGGCUGUCAUCAGGUAAUGGAGAAGGAAGCAGACAGCAUCAAGAUGUCAUGUUCAAAAUACACCUCGGGGAGAGAGGGUUCGAGGGGUGUCGGAGAUCUGACUUCGUCAAAGGCCUUGUCGACAUGCUCCCGCCUGAAAUGAUCAAGUUCGGGAGAGAUUUAGCGUCCCUGAAGGAUGAACCUGUCGGUGCUGGCAAAGUCAGACUGUGUUUCCGGGACGGAUCAGUUGCAGAUGCAGACGUCGGCCAAUAUGAGGCCUCAUAUACUCACAAGUUUGCCUUCCGUGGCCUAGUACCGAUGGAUAUUGCACGAGCCACACUGGGAGAAGACAAGACGACAACACGCAUCAUGUAUCUUGGGCCAGAUGCGCAUACACUCACGUUUCCGGUGGCCGAUGGCAAAAUCUUGAAUGUGGUCAGCUUCGUCACAGAUCCUGAGCCGUGGGAUUCUGGAGCCGAUGGAGAAAGAUUCGUCAAGCCGGCGCACAGAGAUGAGGCCAUCCAAGCAUUUUCCGGGUUUACUUCAGACGUAAGGAAUCUUAUGUCUCUGCUGCCCAAGGACUUGGAGAAGUGGGCCAUAUUUGAUAUGUACGAGAAUCCUGUGCCGACGUACUCAACAGGUCAUGUUUGCCUCGCCGGGGACGCGGCCCACGCCUCCUCACCUCACCAUGGAGCAGGUGCUGGUUGCGGUAUCGAGGAUGCCCUUUUGCUAGCAGAGAUCUUGGCAAUGAGCGCCAGCCGAUCCGUGGGGAGGGAUUCCACAUCUGGAGGCAUCGUUGGGGCGCUUGCCGUGUACAAUGAUGCACGAUACCAGCGUUCCCAGUGGAUAGUACAGACUAGCCGCCAGGUCGGCGAGAUGUAUGAGUGGCAACACCCAGAAAUCGGGAGAGACAAGGAAAAGUUUGGCAAGGAUUUCGAGUGGCGCUGUCGUACAAUCUGGAACUUCGACAUCGAUAGAAUGGUAGCCAGCGCGCUGGAGAUGCUUGACAACAAGCUUGAGAGACUCUCCAUCUCAUGA